CCCCAACAACCGUAGAAAGAAGAGAGGGGGCCGCCACAAUCAGUCAGGCAAACCAUUCUAGCGAGCGUCAUUCACCUGGUCAGCCUACUCGCAACCACUCCCCUCCUCCGACGUCAGCCCCUUCCCACCAUUCUCUUCAAACUUGAUCUCUCAUCGACCCUCUCUCCCUUUUCCAUCCUCUCCCCUCCACCCGAAAAUACAAGGCCCUGAUCUGAUUUCCCCUCCCUCAACCCCUUCAGAUUUUCCUCGCCAUAGGCUCCGCGCUCGGUUUCCAUCAUCAUCGCAACUUGAUUGCAGAUAAAAAUGUCCUCUAGCGAGCAAUCCGCACAGGGGCCACCCCCUUCCUCUGAAUCCUCCGUUCCUAUCACAUUCUCCGUCAAGUCCUCAAACGACACCAAAUAUACCGUCGAGCUGCCCCCGACAACCUCUGUUGCCGACCUGAAGACGACCCUUGCCGGCAUGUCCGAUAUCGCUGCCGACAGGCAAAGACUUAUUUACUCGGGGCGUGUAAUGAAGGAUGAGGAGACACUGGCCUUUUACAAAUUACAAUCCGGCCAUACCGUUCACAUGGUCAAGGGAGCCGCCUCGAACACCGCGAGGGGUGGUGCCUCGAGUAGUGGCCCCACCACUGGUGGAGCGGACGCGAGGCCGGCUGUGCCCACCAAUAUCGCGGCAGGGACAGGGAACAACCCACUUGCGGGGCUGACUGGUGCCAGAUACGCGGGACACGUUCAGUUGCCAAAUGCGGAUAUGUUUGGUCCCGAUGGAGGGAUGGGUCCACCACCAGAUGCAGAGCAGCUUGCCCAGGCUAUGAGCAAUCCCCAAUUUCAGUCCACCAUGAAUGAUCUGCUAUCAAACCCUCAGAUUAUGGACUACAUCUUUGCCUCGAACCCUAUGCUCUCACAACUUGGACCGGAGGUUAGACAAAUGAUGCAGUCAGACUUGUUCCGCCAAUUGAUGUCGAACCCACAAGUGAUCCGCUCGAUGUCCCAGAUGACUGGUGGCCUCGGUCGUGGCUUCGGCGGGAUGGGUGGUGCGGCUGCUUCUUUCCCGGAGCCUGGGAGAACUGAUACCACCCCAUCCUCCGAUUCGCCAGCAGGAUCUACACCAGCAGAGUCCACUCCUAAUCCUGCAGCAGCUGGUUCACCACCCCCACUGAAUCCCUUUUUGCCCGGCGCAGCCGGAGGCAAUCCGUUUGCUGCGCUCUUCGGCGGACAGCCGCCUCGCGCGGGUGCACCGGGCGCCUCACCAAGUCAAACACCGGGUCAAGCACCCGGUCAGGUGCCAGGUGGCCUCGACGCAAACGCCAUAAACUCCAUCCUCGGGGCAUUAGGCGGCGGUGGCGGUGGGCAACCAAGUGCCUCCACUGGUGAUCCAGCCAGCGGAGCACCUAAUCAACCCCUCCCUCCCAAUCACCCCCUUGCGGGCAACAACCCCCUCGCAAUCCUCCUCGGUGCCAAUGGGCCCUUGGGUGGAGCGGGGGCUCUGCGGGCCGCUCAAGCUCAGGCAGCAGCGCCGGUUGAUAAUAGGCCUCCAGAGGAGAGAUAUGCAGAGCAAUUGGGACAGCUCAAUGAUAUGGGCUUCUACGAUUUCGACAGGAACGUUGCUGCACUGCGUCGGAGUGGUGGGAGCGUCCAGGGCGCGAUUAACGAGUUAUUGGAUGGGUAGACUGGGUAUGCCGGAGGCCAUGUUAGGCAGGGGUGGGAAAGGAUGAGGGGAUGAAAUGGUAGCUUUGCGGCUAUUGCCUUUUGUAUCUCUUAUCGGUAUCCUCUCCUUGGUAACGAACUGGGUCUAGUGGAAUAGCUAUCAGGAAAUGGAGUCCCUUUUUUUCGGCUUUUUUCUCUCUCUCUUUACCUCUUACCAUUUGUACUCUUUGCGGAUCUACUUUACUUCUUUGCGCUUUCUCAUUAUAUCUCAUUUUCAACCAGUGGUUGUCCUUUCCCACUAUCUACUAUUAUCCCCCCCCCUCGCUUCUUGCUCGUUCUUCAUUCAUAAAGGGUAGUAAUUGGACAAGGUUUUCCCCUUA